AUGCAAGGUCAAUUUGUUGGAUUCGUUUGGUGGCUAACACUAUUAUUAAGGGUUGUGACAGCUACAAAUGUUGCAGAUUUUACCAACGGUAACCAUGGAUCAGGUUCUGUAACUCCAAUCAACGGCUACCCAUGCUUAGAUUUUUCUUACCACGCUCAGAACACCAGAACUAUGAGAUAUGAUAUUGUAGUUGAACAGGUUAACUGGGUCAAAGAUAACAUUUAUACUGUUACAGUACAUGUCACUGGUGAAGAACAAAUUCCAUUGAAAUCUCUAUGGUCGUUGAAGAUCAUUGGUAUCGAUUCACCGGAUGGUUCUACUAUCCAAUUAUAUGGGUACAAUGAAAACACUUUCUUAAUUGACAACCCAACGGACUGGACUGCUACUUUCCGUGUUUACGGUCAAACUGAUUCCAAUGAUCAAUCGAUUGUGUGGAUGCCUACUUUCGAAGUUCAAUACGAAUAUUGUCAAGGGAGCCGCACUGACUGUUCAAACUGGAAGUACGGUACUAAAAACUUUGACUUGAUCACUGGUUGUAACAACUAUGACAAUAACCACAGAUCUCAAACUGAUGCCCCAAGUUAUUUCUGGCCUGCUCAGUUGAAGGGUCAAGCGAAGUAUCCUGCAAGUGGUCCAUGCGAACAACCUUCAAGCACUUCUUCAGAUAAAAUUUCGAGCACCGAUUCUUCUGAACAACCUUCAAGCACUUCUUCCGAUGAAACUACAACCACCCAUUCUUCUAAACACCCUUCGAAGAGUUGUUCAGAUAAAACUUCAACCACCGAUUCUUCUGAACAACCUUCAAGUACUUCUUCAGAUGAAACCUCGACCACUGAUUCUUCAGAACAACCUUCAAGCACUUCUUCCGAUGAAACUUCAACCACCCAUUCUUCUAAACAUCCUUCGAAGAGUUGUUCCGAUAAAACUUCCACCACCCAUUCUUCUAAACACACUUCGAAGAGUUGUUCCGACAAAACUUCAACCACCCAUUCUUCGAAACACCCUUCGAAGAGCUGUUCAGAUAAAACUUCAACCACCGAUUCUUCUGAACAACCUUCAAGCACUUCUUCCGAGGAAACUUCAACAACUGAUUCUUCUGAACAGCCUUCCAGCACUGAUUCUUCAGAACAACCUUCAAGCACUUCUUCCGAGGAAACUUCAACAACUGAUUCUUCUGAACAACCUUCAAGCACUUCUUCCGAGGAAACUUCAACAACUGAUUCUUCUGAACAACCUUCAAGCACUUCUUCCGAGGAAACUUCAACAACUGAUUCUUCUGAACAACCUUCAAGCACUUCUUCCGAGGAAACUUCAACAACUGAUUCCUCCGAACAACCUUCAAGCACUUCUUCCGAGGAAACUUCAACAACUGAUUCCUCUGAACAACCUUCAAGCACUUCUUCCGAGGAAACUUCAACAACCGACUCUUCUGAACAGCCUUCGAGCACCGACUCUUCAGAACAACCUUCAAGCACUUCUUCCGAGGAAACUUCAACAACUGAUUCCUCCGAACAACCUUCAAGCACUUCUUCCGAGGAAACUUCAACAACCGACUCUUCUGAACAGCCUUCGAGUACCGACUCUUCAGAACAACCUUCAAGCACUUCUUCCGAGGAAACAUCAACAACUGAUUCCUCUGAACAACCUUCAAGCACUUCUUCCGAGGAAACUUCAACAACUGAUUCUUCUGAACAGCCUUCGAGCACCGACUCUUCAGAACAACCUUCAAGCACUGAUUCAUCAGAACAGCCUUCGAGCACCGACUCUUCAGAACAACCUUCAAGCACUGAUUCAUCAGAACAGCCUUCAAGCACCGAUUCUUCUGCUGAACCAACUUAUUCGUUGACUACCGUUACCACAACUGUAAAUGGUGUGACCACAAUUUACACGACAACUUGUCCAAUUGAAUCCACUAGUACUAAAAGCGCUGUCACUUCAGAUUGGAACAAAGACGACACGACCACGAUUUUGAGUCCAACAGAGAAGACCGUCUCGUUGACUACUGUUACCACAACAGUAAAAGGCGUGACCAAAAUUUACACGACAACUUGUCCAAUUGAAUCCACCACUACUGAAACCACUGCCGAACCAGAAACAAAGAAGAUCGAAACUUCGAGUACCCCAGUUACAAUUGUGCCUGAGACAGAAAAAACUGGUACUACUAUCAAACCAUCAACUUUGGCUCCAGCAGAGUACACUCCAGCAGAGUCCAAAACCGACCAAGCUCCAGGCAGUUCUGUCAAGACAGAGCCCGCAACUGUUCCAGCAUCAACGAUCUCACCAUCAUCCACUAUCUCUUCCAUAAGUACAUUGGAAACACUUUAUGAAGGUGGUGCAGCAAAAUUACUCGUGACUCCUUUCGUGGCAGUCUUUUUAGCAUUUUUAUGA